AUGCCUGAUGAGGUGUACGAGCAGCGCGAGGAGUCGAUGCGAAAAUUUAUAAGAAAGCUGCAGAGCAGCAAACCAGAGCUUUUUCAGCAGCAGCAGCAGCAGCAGCAGCAGCAGCAGCAGCAGCAGCAGGAGCAGCAGCAGGAGCAGCAGAGUGAGGAGGAGAUACGAAAGAUGUUUCCAAUCGGAGCCAGGUGUAUGCUUUCAGCAGCAGCAGCAGCAGCAGCAGCAGCAGCAGCAGCAGCAGCAGCAGCAGCAGCAGCAGCAGCAGCAACAGCAGCAAUACAACCAGCAGCAGCAGCAGCAGCAGCAGCAGCAGCAGCAGCGGAGAAGCACAUAGAUUAA